AUGGCUACCCCUAGUGUCAUCGCUUUUGACGCUGAGGGUCGGGCCAUUGACUUUGAGGUCUGGAUAGAUGACCUGCAGCUGUUCUUACAGUGCGAUAGUGCAGACGGCCUCUCUCUCUUUGACCUCACCUCUGGCGCUUCCCCUGCCCCUGCUGCUGAUGCUGACGCCACUGUUUGUUCCCAGUGGGCCACAAGCGACGCUGCUGCACGUCUUGCUGUGCGUCGCCACCUCCCUACCUCUGAGCGUGCACACUUUAGUCAGUAUAAGAGUGCUCAGACCUUGUACGACGCUGUAGUUGCACGCUACUCCUCCCCUGCCACUGCUGCACUGAGCCGUCUCAUGCUGCCGUACCUCUUCCCUGACCUUGCUGCCUUUCCCACAGUCGCUGACCUCAUUACGCACCUCCGCACUAGUGACACUCGCUACCGCGCUGCGCUUCCUGCUGACUUCUGCGCCAAGAACCCCCCCCCCCCAUGUACAUCACCCUCUACUUCAUA